AAUUGUAAAACUGUUCGCAAUCGAUCAAAUAGUUUGUUUUUUGUGAAUCAAGCACGCGUAUUGCUCAAUUAUGGCUAACAUUACAAUUGAACUUAUAAGGAAACGCUCUGAACAUAACGAAGGAGAGAUCGGCACUUUAGAAGAAAUAUCUUUACACCAGGAAGAUAUAACUAAAAUAGAAAAUUUACAAAAUUGGUGUAAAGAUUUAAAAAUAUUACUUUUGCAAUCAAAUUUAAUAUUUAAAAUAGAAAAUUUGAACAAAUUAAAGAAAUUAGAAUAUUUAAAUUUGGCAUUGAAUUGUAUUGAAAAAGUAGAAAACUUGGACCGAUGUGAAUCUUUAAACAAAUUAGAUUUGACAAUGAAUUUUAUAGGGAAACUUGAUAGUAUUGGAUCGUUAAAAAAUAACACACAUUUAAGAACAUUGUAUCUCACUGGAAAUCCUUGUACAGAUUAUGAAGGAUACCGCGAGUAUGUUAUUGGAACUUUACCACAAAUUGACGUACUUGACGGAACUGAUGUGACUUCAUUUGAUAAAUUAGUCGCCAAACAACAGUUAUCAAAUGUUUCACGUAAAAUCAUUGCCCAACAAAAAACUUAUGAAAAUUUCAGAUUAGAACAAAAAAAUACAUCAAAAUCUAUAAAAAAUACUGCAGGGGAAACUUUGGAAACGUACGAAAAAAAUUAUGAAGAAACAGAUGAAGAUUUUUGGAAUCAACCUAGCGAAAACACUCCAGAAUGUCGCGUUGAGAUGGCGCUUCACAGCAGACGAGCUCAACGAAAGCAAGACGAAGUGAAAAAAACACCCAAAGAAAAAAAGUGGACUCCAAAAUUAUUCGCUGAAGACGGUCGUCCGUAUAAUUUAAACCAAGCUAAAGUGCCGUACAAAUUGGAGAAUGAACACAACAAAUAUGUGCUCACUGUUCAUGUGUACAAAUUCAUGGACACUAAUGAAUUKGAUUUAGAUAUUCAACCCACGUACGUGAGGGUUACAAUACGAAAAAAAAUAUUGCAACUAGUGCUGGACGAAGAAGUAAGAGUGGAUGAAUCCAAUGCGAAACGUUUAAUUGGUUCAAAAUUAUUGGAAAUAACUAUGCCUAAAGUGAAACAAAUAAUCUGUCCGGUUAAAAAACAAUGCGCCAAAGAAAAUGAUUUUCGCAAUGAAAAUAAAUCUAAACUAACGGAUGACGUACUUGAUAGCCAAAAGCAAGUGGAAUUUUGGAAUAUAACCAAUUCACCGACAAGCGUAAAAAAAGUGGAAAACGAAAAACUUAAUGAUUUCAUCGACGAUUCAGAAGUACCACCUUUAGAAUAAAGGUCGAAGGCUAGUAUCUACCACUUACUGUGUACAUAAAUUAUUACAUAACUGUUAUAACUUUAUAAGUCAUUUUGAUCUAUAGGUAUUUGAAGCCACGAAGGUAUAAUUUAUAGAGUAGAUAAAAAUAUGAAAAUUCAUUUUUUUUUCA